AUGGUUAUUAAGGACAAAACCUCCCUCUCUACAGGUCUCUAUAGGAAACCUACGGACAGGAAUACCCUCCUUAGAGGUGACAGCUUCCAUCCACGUCCACUUAUUAAAAGUCUUUCUCUAAGUCAAUUCAGUCGCAUCAGAAGAAAUAUGCAGCUCAGAAACAGACCACGGACCUCAUACAAAGGUUUAAGGAAAGGGGGUACAAAGACAAUUGGGUAAAACAUACCAAUUAUCGUUUUGAAGGACUAACACAGUUGGAAAGUUAAAGAAAAAGCAGAAUACUCACCAUUGGGGAAGGCAUUUAAGGACAUUAUCAGGAAGCACUGGUACAUUAUUGAUACUGACCCACAAACGUGAAAGACAUUGUGGUUAAAUCUGAUUAUCCACCAGAGAAAAGGGAAACUUUCUUGGACAAGGUUCCGGAGGGUAAUUACAAAUGUGGUCAAUUGCUUAAUGCAGCUUCACGUACAAAUGUAACUCAUUUACCCACCCCCGCACAGGACAAAGAUUGAAGAUCAAAGGCCUGAUUACCUGCAUGUCCACCAAUGUUAUUUACAUGUUGAAAUGUCCUUGUGGUCUGUCUUACAUAGUGUCACGACUUCCGUCGAGGCUGCCUCCCCUCCUUGUUCGGGCAGGCUUCGGCGUUCGUCGUCACCGGCUUACUAGCCACUGCCGCUCCAUAUAUCAUCACUCCAUUUGUCUUGUCUUGUCAAUUACACACACCUGGUUCAUAUCCCCUCAUUAGUUGUGUAUAAGUGUUCCCUCUGCCCCCCUUGUCCUUGUGGGUGAUUGUUUAUUUGUGAGAGUAGGGUGGAGCUACUCGUACCUUGUAUUGCCGGGGUAGAUAUUUCCCCUGUGCCUGUAUUAUUGUUGGAGCUACCCGUACCGUGUAUUGCCAGGGUAGAUAUUUCCCCUGUGCCUGUUUUCAUGUGUCGCUAUCCAGCGCAAUUGUGUACGACGGAAUAAACUCUGUAUUCAGUGAUUUACCCUCCUGCGCCUGACUCCUAUCACACUCAUCACACAUAGGGAAACCCGUAGAAGCCUUAAGACCCGGAUCAGUGAGCACCGCAGCAAUAUACGGACAGGUGAGACACAAAAUCAGGUUGCUGUUCAUUUUAUACAAGCUGGACAUCCUAUUAGUUCUCUGAGAUACAUUGGAAUAGAAAUGGUCAAGAUGUCACACAGGGGAGGGGACAUUGAGAGGAAACUUCUUCAAAGGGAAUCUUUUUGGAUCCACAGGCUCAACACACUGUCUCCUCUUGGCCUUAACGAGGAGUUCGACUUGAAACCGUUUUUAUAG